AUGUCUCUGUUCAAAGCCCGUGAUUGGUGGUCGGCAGCGCUCGGCGAGGGCGAGGAGUUCGACCAGGGAUGCCUGUGUGUCGGAGACGUGGACAACAGCGGCAGCGGACAUGACAAAGUGGUGGUGGGCAGCUACAUGGGAAUGCUGCGUAUCUUCUUCCCUCAUGUCAGUAAGUCCAGCGAGGCAGGUGAGGCCGACGCCCAGCUCCUGGAGGUCCAGCUGCAAAACGCCAUCAUCCAGGUGGAAGUGGGCAAGUUCGUCUCGUGUUCGGAGCUCCUUCACCUGGCUGUUCUCCAUCCCAGGAAACUGUCCGUCUACUCCGUGUCAGGCACCGCAGGGAACGUGGAGCACGGGGACCAGUACCAGUUGAAGCUGGUCUAUGAACACAACCUGAAGAGAACGGCCUGCAACAUGACGUACGGCGCCUUCGGAGGAGCUACAGGACACCACUCCCUGUGCGUCCAGUCCAUGGACGGGAUGCUGAUGUUCUUCGAGCAGGACAGUUUCUCCUUCGGCAGGUUCCUCCCCGGGUUCCUGCUGCCCGGUCCUCUGGUCUACAACAGCAGGACAGACGGCUUCCUCACCGUGUCCUCCGCCCGCCAGCUGGAGAGCUACAAGUACGAGACUCUGUCCGUGGCCACGGAGGCGGAGACUCGACAGGAUCCUGACCAGCCGGUGAAGACCGGAGGCAAGAGGUUGACACCUGACUGGACGUUUGUCCUGGGAGAACAGGCCCUCGACCUCUCCGUGCCCUCCUUCUCCCACUCCUCUUCAUCGAUCUUCGUCCUGGGUGAGAGGAACCUCUACUGUCUCCGAGACAACGGACAGAUUCGCUUCAUGAAGAAACUGGAGUUCAGCUCCAGCUGCUUCCUCCCUUACGCCUCAGUGUCGGAGGGCAUGACCAACCUGUUGCUAGGUAACCACACCAACAUGCUGCUGGUUUACCAGGAUGUGACUCUGAAGUGGGCGGCCCAGCUUCCCUUCGUGCCCGUGGCCGUUCGCAUCGCCAACUUCCCGGAGUUGAAGGGCGUGGUGGUCAGUCUGAGUUCAGACGGUCACCUCCUGUGCUCCUACAUGGGAACAGACCCCUCCUUCUUCUCCACGCCCAAGGUGGACGCCCGGGAGGCCGACUAUGAGCAGGUGGACGCUGAGAUGAAGAAGCUCCAGAAGUUCAUCAGAGACGCCACAAGAACUCAAGACAUCCUCCCUAAACCUGAUGCUGAGGAGGACCUGAGUAUGAAAGCUUCUGUGUCCUCCAGCGUGGACAGUCCAUCGCAAGCUCUGACUCAAGAGCUCGAUGGCGUGCCCGUCCCCUCAGUGACCGUCCAGGUGAAGGUGAAGGCCUGUGGUGUUGUGUCGUCCUGUAAACUGAGUGUUGCCGUUCAGCCUCCUCUGGCCGUCACACAGGACCAGUUUGUCCUCGAGUCGAUGGGUGUCGGUUCCUCCACCGUCGUUAAGUUUUCGGCUUUCCUCAAUGGCAGCUACCCCCCCGCUGACCUGACCGGAGACAUCACUGUGUCCUACAGCUCGCCAACAGAGCUAAACCCCAAAGGAGUUCCCAGGGUUCUCCAGGCCAGGUUCAGUCUUCCUCUGCUGUUGGUGUGUGUUCCUUCCUCUCCGGCCAAAACCACCAAGUUCAAGAUCACCGUGGAAACCAACCAGCCGCCGGUCGACCUCAACGCCAUCUUCCCCGAGUUUUCAGAGAAAUCGGAAGAUAAGGACGGGAAUACUUUGGCUUUCCAGUUCCUGUCGGGAGCCAAAGUGACUGUGGUCGCCUCUAAGACCUCCCAGCGUUACCGAAUCCAGAGCGACAGCUUUGAGGACAUGUGGCUGGUGGUGAAGGAGCUGGUUCAGAGGUUCGACGGACAUUUCGCCAAACUGGGAGUCAAGGACUUCAAGAAGAGCUUCAGUGGACCGUUACCGCUGCAGGAGUACUUCCUGUCCGUCGACCACCACUUCCAGCUGCGUCUCAGUGCUCAGCAGUACCAGGACCUGCUGUCGGAGCGAGCGGUCCAGUUCAGAGCCAUCCAGCGCCGCCUGCUGACUCGAUUCAAGGACAAAACCCCGGCACCUCUGCAGAACCUCGACACACUGCUGGACGCCACUUACAGCCAGGUGAUGACGCUAGCGGAGGCGGCCGAGGAGAACCGGGCUCGGCUGGAGGAGGCGUUCGUCCGCCUGCGUAGCUCCACCCACCUGCUGGUGCUGCUGCUGGCGCUGGGGCACGGCCUGACCCCCGACCAGACCGACAUCCUGGAGGCCACGCUGCUGCCGCUGCUGCAGGACUCCCCCCAGCUGGGUUGGGAGGAGUCCUGCGAUGCCGCCGUCUCCCACCUCCUGCGGAGCUGCUUGUCGCGGAGCUCCAAGGACCAGGCCACGUCUCUGGCCCAGAUGGGCGGCCCCCUGCUGAGCCUGCCCCGGGACACCGCCUGCCUCAAGAAGCACAUCACGCUGCUGUGUGAUCGCAUCGGGAAGGGAGGUCGUCUCAGCCUGGCGUCCGAAUCCAACGCCCCUGUCCCCGUCCAGGUCCAGAACCUGGCUGCUCCUGGAGGUGUUGAGCCCAUCGCAGAGGGGCCGGGCGGGGGGGAGGAGCCUGAGCUGCAACAAGAGGCCACCAAGUUCAUCAAGAAGAAACAGCCGUCCAAGAAAGUCAAGAAAGAUAAAGACUCUAAAGAGAAGAAAGAAGUGUCCAAGGAGCCGUCAGCGUCCAGCGUGACCGAGGAAGCAGGAGGCGCAGAGGAGCCCGUCAAGGAGGCGAAAAAGGAGAAGAAGGAGUCGUCCAAGGAGAAGAAGGAGUCGAAGAAGGAGUCGAGCAAAGAGGCCAAAGAGCCCAAAGAGGAGGCGAAGAAAGAGCCGAAGAAGGAGUCUUCAUCCUCAAAGGAGAAGAAGGAGUCGUCUAAAGAGAAGAAGGAAAAGGACAAGGAAGGGAAGGAGGCCAGCAAGGAACCAGGGGACAAGAAAGUGACCAAGAAGUCUUCUGUAAAAGUGAAAGAGAAGAAGAAGGAGCCGGAGGUGGAGGACGGCUGAGAGAAG